UAUAAAGCACAGCCGCGUCUCCAAGGCAGGCAGCACAGCCAGCUCAGCUUCACCAGGAGCCUCAGCAGGAAGGCACAGCCAAAGCAGGAUGAAGCUUUCCACAGGCAUCAUUUUCUGUUUCCUCAUCCUGGGAGUCAGCAGCCAGAGAUGGGCAAGCUUCCUCAAGGAAGCUGGUCAAGGGGCUAAAGACAUGUGGAGAGCCUACUCUGACAUGAGAGAAGCCAAUUACAAAAAUUCAGACAAGUACUUCCACGCCCGGGGGAACUAUGACGCUGCCCAAAGGGGACCUGGGGGUGCCUGGGCUGCUAAAGUGAUCAGUGAUGCCAGAGAGAAUAUUCAGAGGAUCACAGACCGUUUUAAGCAUGGAAGCAGUGGCCAUGGAGUGGAGGACUCGAAGGCUGACCAGGCUGCCAAUGAAUGGGGCCGGAGCGGCAAAGACCCCAAUCACUUCCGACCCGCCGGCCUGCCUGACAAGUACUGAGCUGCCUCUCCCUCUGCUCAGGAGACGGGGCUCUGAGCCUCAUGAAAGCAAGGAUAGUGCUGAGCUAGGUUACUGAAUUCUGUAUCUGUAGUACUUACUAGUUGAUAAAUAGCACGUAAAAGUGUUUAAUAAAUGCUUAUGAGAUCCAA